AUGGUCGAGAUGGCUGCACUUGAUCCAGGUCAAUCGCAGUGGCUCAUCGAAAAUGAAGGCCUUUCUCAACUUGGGUUUGCCAACGCUAAGAAUGAGGAGGUUCAGUUUCGUAAUGAUGUCCCACUGUCCUUGUAUCCGACGAUGCUACAGGUACCUUCCACAACAUUGUCCUACCCUGAAGUCCAGUACCAAUGGAAUACGUUUCGUCCUGAGAAAGACAAGAAGGCGAACGACAAACCUCCAUCCUUUACGCAGUCCGCUUGGAACCUGCAACCCUUCACAGCUUUCUACACCCCUAAAGUACAGACGUUGAAAUACUUUGUCAUUCAUUCAUUGGAUUCGACAGUCCCCGUGGCCGGUUUCGAGACGGAGUUGCAAGACCAAAUGCUCCGAAGAUGCAAUACGAAGGCCGAGGGGGUAGUCCGCUUGAAUGCCAGCGAAGCUGCAAGUGAACUUAAAGGCUCUUCCUUGGAACUAAGAAUGAAGCAAGCUAAAGAAUCCGAGGCUGAGCUGGCGGUUUUGUUGCUUCAGAAUUUCGACCGCAGCGCUUACUCGGAGUUCAAGAACCUGGCAGACCGCAAGUAUGGGCUACGCUCUCUCUGUUUAGCAAAGCCGGCGCUAUUCUCGAACUCCAAGUACAUGAGCAACGUUGCUCAGAAGAUAAACAUCAAGUUCGGUGGUGUAAACUCUUACGUGGCGAAGGUCAAAUCUUUCUUGGAGACAAAGACGCUCGUUCUGGGUGCAGAUCUAGUACAUCCCCCAGCUGGAGCACUCGAAGAUACACCCUCUAUUGCCUGUAUGGUUGGUUCUAUUGACAAUCACGGCGGCUGUUUCCCGGGAUCUGCCCGACUCCAAAGCAAGGACCGAGACGACCGAGAGAUAAUUGACGAAGAGAACAUUAUGUCAAUGGUCAAAGAGAGGAUCAAGGCCUGGCGGGUUGACAAGGGGGGUCUUUUCCCUCUGAACAUCAUCUAUUAUCGCGACGGAGUGUCCGAAGGACACUACCAGAAGGUAGUGAGCGUCGAGCUGAGAGCUAUCCGCCGAGCAUGGAGAGAAGCACAAGCCGCUACCAACACCAUCUUACUGGGCGGUGUCAAGGAUGUAAGGCUUACGGCUUUGGUGGGUGUGAAACGCCACCAUACCCGCUUCUACCCGAUGGCAGACAAGGAUGCGGACACUGAAUGGGGAAACAAUAAUUGCCUUCCUGGCACCUAUGUGGACCGAGUCGUCACCUCGCCAUACUAUCGAGACUUCUAUCUUCAGUCUCACAGCGGUGUCAAGGGUACAGCGAGACCAACUCAUUACUUUAUGCUCGCGGACGGAAAGAUUCCUAAUUGCACCACCAUCGACGAUCUUCGGAUGCUGACUCAUAGUCUCUGCUACACUUACUGCCGAGCCACGGGUGGUAUCUCUUACGCAGCCCCAACCUACUAUGCCGACCGCUUGUGCGACCGAGCACGUCUCUACCUCCCCGAGUCUUGGACCGCCAACAACGUGGGGCUUCAGGCCAGCAUCGAUACUGCAAGGACCAACCACUCGACUGCACGUCAGAACAAUCGUGAUCUGCUAUACCGUCAAGGACAGCAGUUCGACUCGACAGUGCAUAUUGCGAAGUCCAACGCGGAGCUUGCGGAUGAAGGACAAGACGAGGACAGCCUUCGCGCCUUCACCAAGGACUUCGUCAUGCAACACGCCAAGAACGAGUUCUACGAGUACAAGACUGACCAAACGGGAAACCCUUGGCACGAGUCUCUCGACAGGAUCAUGUUUUGGAUGUGA